AUGUUCGGCUGGUCCCCUAACACGGUGACGGAUUGGUUCCGAUUUGCCCAGCAGCUCAUUGGUGAAAUGGUCCUGGACAAUAUCGACAACUACCAGAUUGGUGGAGUCGGUGUUGAAGUUGAGGUGGACGAGUCGAAGUUCGGUAAGAGAAAGUACCAUAGAGGACAUCGUGUGGACGGUGUGUGGGUUUUUGGUGGUGUGGAAAGAACCCCAGAACGAAAGUGCUUCCUUGUAGCCGUACCCGAUAGAAAGAAGGUUACGCUGGAAGAACACAUAAAGGACUUCAUUCUACCAGGUUCCAUCAUCAUCAGUGACAAGUUCCCCAGUUAUGAGGAUCUCGAGGGUAAAGAAGACUUCUGGUAUCAGCACGAAGUUGUCAACCACUCCGAGAAUUACAAGGACCCCAUCACUGGUGCAUGCACCAACACCAUCGAGGGCACUUGGAACGGUGUAAAGAAGCUUGUCCCAGCCAGAAAGAGGACAGAGGAGGGUGUUAGGCCGUGCCUCUUCGAGUUCAUGUGGCGUCGUAUGAACCAAGGGCGUCAGUGGAGGGCACUCCUGGAAGCUCUGGCACAGGUUCGAUAUGUCUAG